AUGAAUAAAGAGCUUGAGGCACUUGAACUUAAUAAGACUUGGGAAGUGGUUGAAUUACCACCCGGGAGGAAAGCUUUACCAUGCAAAUGGGUGUAUAAAGUUAAACACCAUUCAGAUGGGAGUGUGGAAAGACUAAAGGCAAGAUUGGUCAUUAGAGGAGACAUACAAAAAGAGGGAAUAGACUAUAAUAAAACUUUUUCACCUGUGGUGAAGAUGACCACAAUCAGAUGCAUACUAGCCACUGCUGUAAAGAAAGGUUGGGAUCUAUACCAGCUCGAUGUGAAUAACGCUUUCCUACAUGGAGAUCUAAAUGAAGAAGUGUACAUGAAAUUCCCAUCCGGGGUUGUACCUACUUCACCUACUCAUGCGUGUAAGUUAAAGAAAUCAAUUUAUGGACUACGACAAGCAUCUCGUCAGUGGUCAGCUUCCUCCAUUUCUAUAGUGGCUAUCUACGUGGAUGACAUGCUCAUGACAGGAAAUGACAACACAGAACUACAUGCUUUGAAAGAAUUUCUCAAUCAAGAAUUCAAAAUAAAAGAUCUCGGGGACUUACAUUUUUUUCUAGGCAUGGAAGUUGUCCGAGAAACAGAUGGACUCAUCCUUUCUCAGCGCAAAUUCACUUUAGACCUUCUCCAAGAAUUUGAUUCUCUCCAUUUGUCACAUGUUUCUUCUCCACUCGAUUCAUCUACUCGUUUUUCUGCUCACACAGGAGAACCAGUGCAGGAUCCCACCUUAUAUCGUCAUCUGCUUGGCAAACUUAACUAUCUCACUCACACCCGACCAGACUUAUCAUUCACUGUCCAGCACCUCAGUCAGUACAUGCAGGACCCUCGACAACCACACCUAGAUGCAGCACUCCGUGUGCUUCGCUAUCUGCUCAAAGAUCCAGGGCUUAGGCUUUUUAUGUCUGCUUCCUCCUCAUUCAAGCUCCUAGAUUUUUGUGACUCCGAUUGGGCCACCUGCCCGGACUCGAGGAAGUCGGUCAGUGAUUUUUACAUUUCCCUUGGUACUUCUCCGAUCUCUUGGAAAUCCAAGAAGCAAACUUCCAUCUCGCUCAGUUCAGCAGAAGCAGAAUACAGAUCUAUGCGGCGAGUGGUUGCAGAGCUCACAUGGUUGGUUCGUCUUUUUGGGGAUUUGUCAAUUCCUAUUUCUCUUCCAGUCCCUCUUCACUCCGAUAGCCAAGCAGCAAUUCAUAUAGCAAAAAAACCCUGUUUUUCACGAACGGACGAAGCACGUUGA